AUGCUCAGAUCACACACCCUCCCCAGACUCAUCUUCUGCACGCUGAUGAUCCUUGUGUUUGUCACAAGCUCAGGGGAGAGCCGGCCUCAUGAAGCCCAAGAAGGAGCUCCUGGUGGGGACAGGGAAGACAGUCGGAGGGUCAUGAUUCUAGAGGCUGUGAAGACGGGGAUCCUUGGCUCACUGGGGCUGGAGAGGGAGCCCAGGCCUACACACAAGGCCUCAGAGGAAGAGCUGAGGAGGAUGUACCGGCUCUACAGGGAGACACUGAGAGAGAUGAGAGGAAAUUCCAGCAACACGAUGAGGGAAACCAUGUAUACUGUGCUCUUUCCAGCUACAGUGAAGACAAAAAAAGCUCCAGGGCGGACAGAACACCUUCCCUCAGGUCAACAUGUGCAGUGGUACAGAGCUGUUUUCCACAAGAACCCCAACAUCCAGGCUGAGCUGACACUGGCUCGGGCUCAGCUGAAGAUUUCCAGGCAGGUUUUAGAUGAAGCCACUUUAGUUCAGCCUGCAUUAAGACCAGAGAUUAAAGUCAACCGGAAGAAGCCGGUGAAUUCCCCAGACUUUGUGAACGUGUCAAGCACUCGAGAUGUGAUGCUGGACAUCAGGCCUGAGGUGGAGAAUUGGAUGAGAACUGGUGAAGGUCAGAGGCUGGUUGUGGAUGUAGGGAUAGUUGUGGGUGAAAACACUCUGAGGGUGAACCCAACCAUUUCUCUGGAGUUAGGUCUCAAACCGGCCCGGAAGACGAGGCUGCCUCGUUCCAACAAGGAAGACGACUGCGAUGAGCGAGGGUGGUGCUGCAGGAAGUCUGUCACUGUGUCCUUUAAAGACAUCGGCUGGACGGACUGGGUGGUGGCACCGACUGAGUACACAAUGCAUUUUUGUGACGGCUCCUGCCCCCACAACUACAAGCCAGCCAGCAUGCACACGCAGGUGAAGUCUCGGCUGCACCAGAUCACUAAAGGAGGGACCCCUCGGCCCUGCUGCGUGCCGGCCGCCUACGAGCCCAUGGUGCUCAUGCACUACGACAGCAGGGGAAAACUGAAGCUGACGCCCUUUAAUGACCUGAUAGUCAGUAAAUGUCACUGUGCCUGAAGUUAAAGUGAAAGUAACCUUGAGGAGAUCAUUGCCACUUGAAAGAUAUGUUACAUGAUGAAAAAAGCCUGCUGUAAUACUUUAUUUUGAAGGUGCAAACAUGUCAAUGUUUUGAAAUUCAUUGUGGACCAGGCAGUCAUUCAUGAGUUUGAAACUUAUUUAUUUGAAGUUGUAUUUAUGUUCCUAAAUUUAUAUUUGUGUCGUGUUAUAGUUUUUUGUUACGUCAUAUAUUAGUACUGCUUAAGAUUUAGUUAUUUUGUCAUUUAUUGUUAAAAGUAUUUUGUCUUAAACAUUUCAACCUAUUUGAAGACCAAAACAAUGCUCUGAUUUACUGACACUGAGCUGUUGCACUGAAUAAAUCAAAACAGUUGGAAGUUUCACAAUAAACACAUGGCCAUGA